AUGAACUCUACAAUUAAUAAUGAUGAUGUUGCAAAUACUAAAACUUCUCACAAUAAUCUUAGCAGAAACUCUCAAAAUGAAUUAAUUAAUCAGAAAGAUAUUAAUAUUGUUGAUGAUAGUUUAAAUAUUAUUGCUAGUGAUAUCAAGAAAAAGAAUUUUUCAGAAUUAUUUAAAAGGCUUUCCAUCAGAAAAAGAAAAAAUGAUUUAGAUUCAAAUUUAAAUCAAAAAAAUAGUAACAAUUCAAAUAAUUUUAUCAAAACUGAAAAAUCAGAUCAAUCUAUUAAAAUUUCUUCACCCAACACUUCUCAAUUGCCAGAAUCAUCCAGAUUUUUCAAUCUUUUAAGAUUAAAAUUUUUAAAACUUCUAAAUUCUGAUAAUGAUAAAGUAAAGUGCCUGGGAGCUUCAGAUAGAAAUCUUAAAAAAUUUUAUACUUGGUCUUUUUCCUCAAAUCAAAAUCUAAACAAUUCAAAAUCCAAUGUGUCUUUAUUUGGAGACAAUGUUUUGGAUUUUAACUGCAAUACAACUAAAAGAAGAACAACAGAUGCUUUGCUGUAUGAAAGUCAAAAAAGCAUAAAAGUUAACAAUGAAAUUAUUAAUUCAGAAAUUACAAGUGCUACUUCUUUAGCAAUAUAUCACCAUUUAAUUAACGGUUCUUGCAUAUAUACAAAUAAUAUAAACUCUCAGGAGAGCUGUUUAAUUUUAAACAAAAUUCCUCCUGAGAUUAUAAAUUCAGUAAUUUUUAUGAUUUUCAACAGCGAUAAAACCAGGAAUAAAAAUGAUGACUAUCAUGAAAACGUUUUUUUUAGAAAUUAUAAAUUUCAUUAUCAAGUAAUGGGAUUUUUAACAUCGUGUAAGAUAAUUUACAAUAAUUAUUUAUGGUUACUUUAUCAUUUACUAGAUGUAAAUUUGGUGGAAAAUUAUAGUGGGAGACAAAAUAAAGAUUGUGAGUAUAAAACUCACUAUAGAACAUUAAGAUUAUUUACUCAAAUCAAAAAUUCCAAUCAUCUUCUUCAACAGCUUAACACCUUAAACAUCACAUCAAUUUUAUCUAAAAAACAUUUUAAAAUAAGGGAUAAUGAUGUUUUUAAUAAAAAUUUAUUUCACAAUUAUUUAUCAAAAGUUUUAUUAAAAACAAACAAUUUAAAAUCAUUUGGAUUAUUUACAAACGAUUUUUUAUUGUUUAAGAAGACAUUAAUUGCAUUGCCUAAUUCAUUGACUCAUUUAAGAAUAAUUAUUGAUAUUGAUUUUGAUGAUGGAGAUAAUUUUGAUAUUAAAGAUCAUAAAAAAGAUAAUUUAUUUCAAGAAUUUAUGAGAAAUGAGAAAAAUCAAAAUAAUUGUAACUUUUCAGAUUUAAAAUAUUUAGAAAUUUAUUCAUUAAGACGAUCAGUUGGUAUUUCGAUAAAGCUUCAUCCUUUCUUUUCAAAGGGGAAUAAUCCCAAUAUAAAAACUGAAGAAGAAUUAUAUUCAUUUUAUUUUAAUAGUGAAAAUGAGAGACUUAAUAGAUAUAUUCGAUUAAGUAAGAUUUUACACUUUAAAAGAGAGAAAAGAAUGAUUUUAUUUUUAUUAAUGAUGAGAAAAAUUGUUAUUUUUAGUAAAGCAAGGGAGAGUUUAUUGAAACUUGAAUUGAAAAAAAUCGAUCCAGCAAUUUUAUUUCAAAAAAAAUUAAUUGAAUUUGAUGAUAUUAAAGAAAGUGAAUUUUAUAAAGAAGAUUAUAGAGAAAUGGUAAAAAAAGGUGUUUUAAGAACAUUGGAUUUCAAGUGUCUCCGAUUAUUAAUUAUUGAUAAGUUAGCUAAAUUUAAAUUGCAUUUAUGGUUAAAAGAAUUUGAAUCUUUUAAUGGUGGUAAAAGGUUUAUAAAGUUUGAACAAUAUAAGAUCGGAGAUCAAUUUGUUGAAUUGCCAAUAUUUGAGAAUUUAAGGAUACUCUUGUUGGAUAAUUUUGGAGCUACAAUUCAAUUAAAAGGAGUAAUGGCAGGAACAGAAGAAAAAAGAAUUAUAACAAAAAUUAAUGAAACAACAGAAUUACUGUCAGUUAAUAAUAAUUGGGGUUUUCUACGAAGUAAAAGUUCUGAUCAUAAGAAUGUGGUUAAAUUUGUUAAGAAGGAACUUGAAUUAGAAUAUUGA